GUUUCCAAACCACAUGGCCGUCCUGAACUCAACAACGUGAACGAUCCACCCUCAUGACCUGAGCUGCGUCACGCUGACGUUCGACUUGAUUCAUAAGAUCUUAUUGUAGCUUUACUUUGAUUCUGGUUCUCACUAUACUCGAUCUGUGUGUGUUCAAUGUCUUUCAUGUUGGCGAGAAGACUAAAAGACAGUUUUCCACUUUGGUGCACAAAGAUUGAUUCUAUUCUAAGUAUUCAUUUGAUCCCCGAGGACAUGAAGGCGGUACGUUUGUGUUGUCGUGCUGUUGCGGUCCGAGCGACAGGCCCACGUCGCUUGUAUGACGCACGAGCGGAGCGACUAUAUAAAAGGCAGCCGCCGAUUCCACGUGUGAGGAAGACGAGGAUGAAGGGGAUGAAGAUGACGAUGACGAUGAUGAUGCCGGUGGCGGCGGUGCUGAUGAGCGUCUCGAUCACAUCGGUGUCAGCUGCAAGGCUGGGUGUGGUGCAGACGGAGGGCGGCCGGGUCGAGGGCACCAAUCAUGGCGCGGGCCUGUUCAGGUCUGUGGACGUGUUCAAAGGGAUCCCCUUCGCUGACACCCCAGGACUGUGGGAGAAACCAAAACCUCAUCCCGGAUGGGACGGGGUUCUGAAGGCCACCAAGUACGGCGAGCGCUGCCUGCAGGUGACACUGCUGCAGACACAAACCAGAGGAAGUCUCGAUUGUCUCUACCUCAACAUAUUUGUGCCUCAGGGACACAAACUGUCGUCCAACCUGCCCGUCAUGGUGUAUCUGUUCGGCGGGGCCUUCCUGCUGGGAGCGUCCGACGACUUGGCCAUCCUGGGAGAUUCGCUGUAUGACGGCAAGGAAAUGGCCGAGCGGGGGAACGUCAUCGUGGUGUCGGCCAACUACCGCGUGGGAACUUUGGGCUUCCUCAGCAGCGGAGACGCUCGCGUGCCAGGAAACUACGGCCUGUGGGACCAGCACGCCGCCAUCUCGUGGGUCAGCAGGAACAUCGCCGCCUUCGGAGGAAACCCGGAUAAUGUGACCAUAUUUGGACAGUCGGCCGGGGCCGCCGGGGUCAGCUUCCAGAUGUUGUCCCCAUAUAAUAAAGGAUUAUUUCGCCGGGCCAUCAGUCAGUGCGGCGUGGCCUUGAGUCCUUGGGCCAUGCAGAGGGAACCCAUGGCACUUACCAAGAAGAUCGCGCGUAAGGUCGGCUGUUACCGUAGCGACGAGGACCUGAUGUUGACAUGUCUGAAGAUGACGGACCCGGUGGGCCUCACCAUGGCGGGAAAAAUCGACAUCCUGCAGAUAUUGGGCAACGGUGUGGUCAUGGACCUUCUGGAACAUGCCCCCGUGGUGGAUGGCGACUUCCUCCCCGACGAGCCAAGUCGUCUUUUUCACAACGCCGCCGACAUCGACUACAUGGGCGGCGUCAACUCCAUGGACGGGCACAUAUUUGCGGGCGUUGACGUGCCCUCCAUCAACAAGAAGAACGCCAACACCACCGUGGAGGACGUGCGGGGUCUCCUGAUGGGCCUGACCAAAGAAAAAGGUAUGGCGGCCGUCGGUUCGGCAUUGAGCGUGUACUCCACCCACUGGGGCUCUGCCCCGGAUCCGGCGGUGGUGAAGAAGACGGCGGCUGACAUCGAGACCGACUUCCUGUUCCUGGUGCCGACCCAGAUCGCGCUACAGCUCCACGCCAACCACAGCAGUGGCGGCCGGACCUUCUCCUACCUGUUCAACAUGAAGACCCGUAUCCCAGGCUUCCCAAGCUGGGUGGAGGCGGAGCAUAGCGAGGAUCUCCAGUACGUUUUCGGCAAACCUUUCGCUACACCACUCGUCUACUUCCCACGACACCGCGACCUGUCCCGAAACAUGAUCGCAUACUGGACGAAUUUCGCCAAGACUGGGGUUCCCAGUCAAGGCGACAGUAAGGUUCCGGUGCCAUGGCCCGCCUUCACCAAAACGCAUCGUCCCUUCCUGACCAUCAACCACAAGAUGAGCAAGUCGUCAGUCAGCCACGACCUGAGACAGUCCUACGUCGCCUACUGGAUGGAAAAGUACAGCAGCCUGCCGUCGGCACGCAAGUGACGCAAAUAACAGCGACGACGACACGCUUGCGAUUCCGCCUCACCUAGCAUGGCGGCAGCUAAGCAUCUAACAAGAUUAGGAGCUAACGCGCCAUGUUCUGCAAUCCAACUUUUAUUCUGUCCAAAAAUGUAAAUCUUUUCAACUGA